CAGGAUACCAAGAAUGGCCAGUCGUAUACUGCCUGGAUCAGUGGUAAACCUACCAGCCCAGUCCCGAAAAUGGACUUUUGUCGCGUUCAGUAUACAGGGUAAAGUGAUUACAAAAGAUUCCAGACAAGUUGUAUGCCGUGAAUAACGUCCCACAUGAAAACGAGGUUUUUUCACAACGAAUCAUGGGAAGAGUCAUCGGGAGCUGCAGUGAUCAAUGAGUUCUUUUCGCUUGGAGUUAUAAGCAAUGCCCAAGUUUCGUCGAUCACUCUCACUUCCUUGCCCUCUUUUCGCUGGCGAAAAGGAAUUCACUAGCUUACGCCAUUUUAUCUCAUAAUCCACCCGUGAUGCGUUUCACUUGUUUGUUCUUGUUCUUCGCACUCCUUUCCGCUGCACACGCUGCACCUACACCUCCCGAAAAUCAUUCCGCCGCGAAGGCUGCAGGCGCCCGUAAAAGGAUAUACAUCAAGUUCGAUCAUGGGACAUCCACUGUACAAGCCUCGACACGCUUGUUGAGAAGCCAGAUUGGCUAUAUGGUCGAGAGCUGGAAACCGGGCUGGAAGUCCAACUUUGGCAACGUCAAAUUUGAAUUUAUAACUUACCUGGAUACCAACGACGAUAAGCCAUACACCGCCUGGAUCAGCGGUAAACCUAUCGGCCCACAAUGUCUUCAAGUAAAAGAUUUAUGUUGUAUACAGUAUGAUGGUGAAGGGGUAGCAAGGAUAUUAAAAGGCAAAGAGGUGCUACACACUGUGGACAAUGUACCCGCAGGAGUUCCGACAACAGGGAGCCAGCUGUACAUUGACUUUGGAACUGUCAAUCUCGCACCACGCCGAGAUCUGUCGCGUCUGUUCAGAGGCCAGAUCAUUCAUAUGAUUCAAAGCUGGAAGAAAACCUGGGAUUCCGCCAGUGUCACAUUGACGAUUCGAAAUUAUCCAGAACAAGUCGAGACGGUGUUGGAACAGGACCUGCCAUAUUCCGCCUUGAUCAGUGGCAAUAGCAUUAGCCCGGAAUGUGCUCUGACCAAACACUCUUGUCGUAUUGACUAUCAGGGCAGUGGGGUGGCAAAGAUACUCGACGGGGAGGGUAACUUGUUGCACACUGUGAGUACAGUCCCGGUGUGGGCAGAGGACCAAUUUUUGGUUUUUCCAGAACCUUGAUAGAUAUAACCCUUCGUGUUUUCGUGACCUCCAGUCGAAUUCAAUUACUUUUUUUGAACUUUUUCCGGCACAUGAAGUUCAAGUUGAUGACGACAGCUGUGAAGAACGGUCUAAAACUGAAGACUAAAAAGCUUCAAGUCGUAGUCUUAUGCAAACAAUGCUACAAUCUAUGUACUUCCCACAUCUCUCCCGAAUAU